GUAAAUGUUACUAUGAUGCAAUGUGAAGAAAUGGGUGGAAAAUAUCGUGAAGUUAGGGAUAGACAUUUUAUAUUGAUGGAUGGAGAUACUGGUAAACUUGUUACGGGUAGACAAUUCCCUAAACUUUUGACAAUAUCAGCCAAUAUUCAUGGUGGUAUACUGUUUUUGGCAUCUGGUGGACGAACUUUUGAGUUAAAUAUUGCAGAGGUUGUCCGUAGACAGGAUAAAAGAUUUGCCGAGCUACAUGAAAAUUUAAAGCAAGAAGGCUUAGACUGCGGAAAUCAAAUAACAGAAUUUUUGCGUCUUAUUCUGAAGACCAGCAACAAUAUCAGGGUGUUAUAUUUCACAAAAAAUUUAUUGACUGAACCUGAACAAUCGUACGAUAGUUCAGCAAUAGAACAUCACGACCCGGUAGCUUUUCCUGAUGAUUGUCCCUAUCUAACGUUAUGCCAAAGUUCGUUAGCUGACUUGAAUUCUCGUUUACCAACUGGAGAUCAUGUUGACAUGCGAUAUUUUCGUCCGGUUAUUCAAAUUGCUGGACCGCCAGCAUACGAUGAAGACAAGUGGUCAGAAUUGAAAAUUGAUAAUGUGACAUUCAUUUGUGACAAACCGUGUUCCAGAUGUGUUUUGAUUACAAUUGAUCCUGAUACUGGGCUACAUCGACAAAACGAACAGCCGCUGAGGUUGCUUCGAGAAUAUCGUAUGGCCACAGGAAAACUUCGCGAAAAGUACAGUCAGUAUCCAUUAUUUGGGAUACUGAUGAAGGUCAAAAAACAGGGUACAAUACGAGUUGGUGAUUCAGUUUAUGCUCGAUAUAAAUAA